CACUCGAAAAAUUUGAUUUUGACAAACCUUAGGAUACUUAAGAGAUCUUCGGCUUGGUAUUUAACAACUGUACCCCAUGGCCACCAAAAAUACAAUGGCUCACAAAUUCAGCUCAAAUGGGAAUUGCUGGUCUGAGCUUCCCACGGCACUAUACUUGUACCUCCCACACCCCUGCACUUUUGCCUUGUGUGUGUUUGCCGCCGGGUUUGUUUGUUGGUUGUUUUGUUACCAGUUGGCAAGACCUCCUCUUGGAGCGACGGUGAUCAAUUAAUUAGCAAAGUAAAACAAAGCUAACAACACCAUGACGCACAAGCCGACUCAGAAUCGACGGCCCGUAACGACGCGCUCGUGCGAUGCGUCGUUGGGGACGAACGCCAUGGUGAUGGAUGCCACCGUGACGGUCUCGUAUCACAUGGAGACGGACAAGGAAGAUCUCUCCCAAGAAGAGCGAGAAUUGGCGCUGUCCUUUUUGCGGGAAGACUUGCUGCAGAGUUUGGCCAACAUUCAUUGUCCCAACAAUUUGCUGCAACGAAAACCGUCGAAUCGAAAUCGUCGUUAUUUGGAAUUGGAAGUCUUGUCACUCCAUGCGGGAUCUCCGCAAUACUCCUCUUCCCAAACGGGAGGACGUGUGACCUGUUCGGUGACCACAGAGGAAUCACGGAGUUGCGAUGCGAUAUCCAACGAAAUCGUGUUGCUGUUUGAUUCGCACAAUCCACAAGGCGGUGCCGCGUCUUUGCAUACCAUUGAAACCAACGUCUUGGCGACGAUUGAAGAGUACAUGAGUCACAGCUUUUACAAAGCACCCGUCAAUCACAAAUUAGAAGAAGCGGGUCGUUCCUUUGCCGUCACGGCAUUGACAUUUGUCCAAGCCGAAUUCCCCCAUGACAAUAGGGAACCCGGGCCCGGGUUUGCGCCCGUCAUUGUCACGUCCACCGAAGGCAAUACGGAUAACACGGCCCAACAAAUUCAAGCCGAACAGCAACAACCAGUCGUCCACAAAGCCGGUCCCAAAGAUGUGGCCGUCAUUGCCUUGUCGUCCAUGGCGGGUUUCUUGGCCGUCUUGUUGGGGUAUCUCGUCGUGUCGCGACUCCAUGCAUCGUCCCAACAUGGAAAGAGGGAAAAGAAAGUACCAGAGUUGGACGAUGAUGCGGAUGGAACCUUCGCCACGGCAGGGACCCAUUCCGGCCCUGAAAAGGGCGCGGAAGAAACCGAUGAUGACACGUUGGAGGAGGAGGACGACGAAGAAAACAUGGCGCAUUUGGAACUAUUGGAUGAAUUAAACUCCGUCAAUGGCAAGUGUAGGUCGUCGAUUUGCAAGGCAUGCAUCCAAGCAUCCGAUGACGAUACAUCCUACUUGUGUCCCAAUUAUCAACGAUUGGGACACGAUAACGAUAAAGUCAGUGUCCGCGUAUUUGAAAUGCAGGAUGAGUACCAGCAGUAUCAGCGCUUUCAACAACAUGAACCCAAAAAGCAAUUACGGCAACGGUCAUCCUACUUGUCGCUCUCGCAACACGGACAACAACAACAACAACGAUCGUCUCCCGCACCACUCUUGCCAAUCCAUGAACCGCCCCCACCACCGCCGCCUCCCAAAAAGGAAAAGGAAGCCAAAAAGGAAAAGGAACCAUCUCCGACGACAAUAGCAUCACGGCAAAGUACCUACGACGGCACUUACGACGGUACAUACGACGGUACCUACGACAGUACCAUUUACGACGAGGAUGACUCGUCGGAGGAUGAUGGCACCAGCUUGGACGAAGAAGAUUUCUCUAGCAAAGCCAGCUCGAGUCGAGCCAGUUCGUUCCGGGUGGUACCACCACCACCCUCUCAAGUCAACAAGGCACGAAACGACGAUAGCCCGCCACUCAAAGAACAGAACAAGACCACUCAAAUCUCUUACGAUAGCAAUGACAACAGUCUCUUGGCCAACACCAUGAGUGACCAAAGUGCCGCCGCCUUCGUGGCCGCCAACCCGGGAACUCGCGUUGCCGAUCCGCCCUAUUUGAAACGUUCCUUGCGGCCGGCCAAGACAGUCAAGUUGUAGCGUGGCUGGUGUGGACGACUACUCUAGUAAGCGGUGGGGGGUACGUUCUACUACGUGGGGGUGUUGUGAAUAAGAUAAUGUAUGUGUGGCAUUGGUUCACGUUGUUGUGUGUGGAAGGCAACAAAGGCAAAAGUUGCAACGGAGUCCUACUCUAUUCGCUUGGGAUACAUAAAAAUUAAUAUUAGUUAGUUCGGUAGAAGGAAAACUGGUG